AUGUAUGAGGAUGAGGAAGUGGCCCAGAAGAUCCUGAGCCUGAGGGAGCAUAAGGUGGAUCUGGGUGGGGAUUGUGCCAUCACUCUGGAGGCCAAGCUCGUACAGCUGCUGGUGCCCUGUCAAGUAGAGAUGGACACCGAGGUAUGUUCCCGCCGUAUCCUGGUUUCCAACCUGCCCAAGAAGGUCGAGGAGGACCGCUUGCUCGACAAACUGGAGAUCCACUUUGCCAAGAGCAAGAAUGGAGGGGGGGAGGUGGAAGAGUCUGACAUGCUGCAUGAUUCUGGCAACGUGGUCAUCACUUUUACAGAAAACAAUAUUGCCAAAGGCCUGGCUGACAAGCAGUACCACGAUGUGGAGUUUGAGAAAGGGAGGAAGAACAGUGUGAAGGUGACUCCAUUUCUGAACGGAGAGAUCACAAGUUUCCAGACACGGCUGUCAGCAUGUGGGCGUACUGUGCUGCUGACUGGCAUCCCUGCCGUUAUGGAGCAGGAGAACCUACAGGACCUGCUGGAGAUCCACUUCCAGAAGACCAGUAACGGUGGGGGAGAGGUGGACGCCUUCCUCUACAACCCCCUGGGGCAGCACACCCUGGCCCUGUUCGAGGAGGACUGUCCCACUGAAGACCAGAGCCAGUGAGAGGGCCAGGCACUGAUAGCCCUCCCCCUAGUGAGCUCAACAGACACCUUUCUAUUGCUGCUCAUCUAUCCCAUCUCAGUACAGGAUCAGUUAAAUCCAGCCUGGGGAUCUAAUCCUGGCCUGCUAUCAGCAUAGAGGUAUGAUCUCAAUUGCAAUCUUUCAACCAAAUGCUAAUCUUAAGUCAAAAGCUUUGGCACAUUGCCAACCCCUGAAUUUACAUCGUGUCUAAUAUUGUCUUUUCUGGGAUACCUGUUUCAAAACAUAAUUUGGUAGAACCAUCUAUUUAUAUAGAAUUUCUGAUUAUGUAUGCAGAUCAUUUUGGGUGAAAUGUUCUUAGUGAAGAAAAAAAUAUUCAGAACAAAAUUAAGUUGCCAAAGAACUGUAAAUUAUGCUUGACAAGACUAAUUUGGAUAUCUUUAAGUUAACGUUUAGAAGGAACGUGUAUUCUACAGCUCUCUAAAGCUGUCACAAUUUAGUGUUCUAUAAUCGUGGUAUUUUAUUGUUUUCUGUACAGUAGAAUCAAUGAUUGUAAUAAAGUCUGUCCAAUGAACCAAGUCAGACAUGA